CAGCAUUGCAAGAAAGCAACAGAGGCCAUGACACUUGACACUUUGACAGUGUGAUCGAUCGCUCGUAGGCAGCUGGUGUUAUAAAUGGCGGGAAGCGAGGAAGAGAAGGAAGGGAGAAUAGGCAGGGCCUAACCAAGCUAGGCUGAGAGGUUGUGUACGCAGAAAGAGGUAUAGGCCAGAGGGCAUGCAGAGCGGCGUGGAGCAGCCGAUGCAGAUGGUGCUGCGGGUGAAGCACCCGUCGUCGCUGGGCGGCAGCGGCGAGGAGGAGGAUGGGGAGGGGUCGUCGAGGUCGGCGCUGUCGGUGUUCAAGGCCAAGGAGGAGCAGAUCGAGAGGAGAAAGAUGGAGGUCCGGGAGAAGGUGUUCGCGCACCUCGGCCGCGUCGAGGAGGAGUCCAAGCGCCUCGCCUUCAUCAGGCAGGAGCUGGAAGGGAUGGCGGAUCCAACGCGGAAGGAGGUGGAAUCGAUACGGAAGAGGAUAGACACGGUGAACCGUCAGCUCAAGCCUCUCGGCAAGAGCUGCGUCAAGAAGGAGAAGGAAUACAAAGAGAUCCUGGAGGCGUACAACGAGAAGAGCAAAGAGAAAGCGUUACUAGUCAACAGGCUAAUAGAGCUGGUGAGCGAAAGCGAGAGGAUGCGGAUGAAGAAGCUGGAAGAGCUCAACAAGACAGUCGACUCACUCUACUAGACGCCAAUUGAUGUUUGCUUCGAGAACUUGAUUGCUCUCCUGUAACCUCUGCGCCAUGGAUUCGUGACAUGUUCAAGUUGUUGCUUGUAGCUGAUGAUUUCACGUGUGAUUUUUUUUUCAUUUAUUUUCUUUUCGUUGGUUUAUUAUUGGGUCUUGUUGCACUGUCGCUGUCGAGUAAAACUGAGAUGAUGGAACAAGGCUGAAAAAGGGAAGGAUGGUGUGUGUGUGGACACUAGGGCUAGUGUUUAUUCAGUGCUGUUCUCCCGUUCCUUUUGUGUUGUCGGUGUAACGCAAACAACACCUCCGUUACUGACUUACUGUUGUUGUUAA